ACCCCCCUGCGUUUUGACCGCCCCUUCGUUUUUACAUCUGCUUUUUCACCCCACUUGCGCGCUUUACCCCUGAGGAAGGCGCACAAAACCAAUUCGGCAAAAAAUUUCAAAACCGUUUUGCAUAAAGCGGUGGCUCACCAUCACCAUGACUGUAUGAACAAUUUUCCAGCCAAGGGAUAGAAGAAAAGGGAAAAAAAAAGAAAAAAAAAAGAAAGUGAAAACUUUCCCAAUUUAAAAUAGCGAAUGAGGAACACUUGAUGCUGUUUUGAAAUUUUUUUACAUGAAGAUUCGUUAUCAUCCAUUCGCGCAAAAGGAGAUCUCACUUGGCGUUCCCCCCCUUCCGCAGUUCACCCCAGCAUUUAUUUUUUUUCCAUCAAACGAGAUCACCCGCGCACAUUUUGUCGUAUGCAAACGCGUAUGAAAUAUAUAUUUAACCCGCUUCUCACACUUGGCAGUUUUAUAUAAUAACCCAGUGUACUGUGCGCAUGGGCUGCGGUCAGUCCGUGUAAUGCCCAGCAUAAGGAGCCAAAAAAAAAAAAAUGCUUUUAUCGAAACAUGCUUACUUGAGUGAAAAAUAUGCCCGAGCAGUUACGCACAGUUAUGUUAAAGUAAGGACGCGGUUUGAAAACCUCCUCCCCCAGAUUGAAUAACCAACCCCGCGUUUUCACUGCACCCCCCCCCAAAUGUGACAAUCUCGUGAACCAUGCAGAACAAAUCGAAUACGCCCAGCAUGCCCGGCCUGCCUGGACUGCCAGGAAUUCCGGGUCUCCCUGGUAUGCCAGGAUUACCAAAUAUGCCGGGUUUGCCUGGACUACCAGGAAUGCCAGGUCUUCCGGGCAUGCCCAACAUGUCGGGACAUCCGAUGGGUGGCCAAGGCAUGAACAGCGGUGGACCCUACAUGAACAGUAACUCGAUGAGCCAAUUGCCCAUGCCAUUUCUCCCGGGAUUAAUGCCACCUAUGAACGCGUCAGAUUAUUAUGGAAAGAAUAUGAUGCACAUGAAUCCAGGGGUAGGACCAUACGACAACUACAACCCUCUAAUGUAUGGGCAGCAUACCGGCAUGAACAUCCCCAUGCCUCCAGGCACUGUAGACAGUAUGGGAGACAUGGCAGCUAUGCAUAUGGGAAACCCGAAUAUGAUAAAAUUGUAUAAUAAAGAUUUUAUGAACAGCAAUUCGCAGAAGGGGAUGGGCAGUCAUCUGAUAGGUGGGCAGAUGGGCGGAAGCAUGGUGAACAUGCCCAUGAACUACAUGAACAGUUUCGGUGCAGAAAAUCACGGGUGGUGUGAAAUGGUGGCAAAGAAUGGGAGGAAAUAUUACUACAAUUCUAUUACCAAAGCGUCCAAAUGGGAAAAGCCAGAUGAACUAAAGUCCAAGGUGGAGCUACGAAUUUCUCAGCAAACCAAAUGGAAGGAGUAUUCUUGUGGGGAUGGCAGAACGUACUGGCAUCAUGAAGAGAAAAAUAUUAGCGUAUGGGAUGAACCUGAGGACAUUAAAAAGAUUAAACUUGAAUGUGCUGCCGAGGACGCAGAAAAUCAAGAGAGCGUAGACAAAUGCCCAAACAGUAGUAGCACUACGCAUGAAAGUGUGAAUAAAGGAGAAAACGCGAAUAAUACCCCUCCGAGUGGUUUCCCAAAGGAGGCGGCGAAUCAAACCACAGAUGACGCCAUGAACAACGCCAGUGUGGACAGUACCACUGCGAAGGAACACCCAUCCAGUAACGAUCUUGGCAUGUAUAAUUAUCUGCACAUGCAAAAUGGGAUGCCAGUCGAGCUGAACAAUAACGCUAUGAUGCCCAGCAGCAGUGUCGACGAGGCGAAUCAGAAGAAAAAUGCACCGGAUAAAAUCAAUAACAGAAUAACCAUGGUGUGGAAAAAAUUCGAAAAUAAAAAUGACGCAAAAGAACACUUAAAAAUACUAUUUGAAGAAAAAAAUAUUAACCCAAAAUUGACUUGGGAAAAUGCUUUAAAAAUUCUGGAAAGUGAUGACCGUUGGUUCAGCCUGUCCAUACUGACCAAGGGGGAAAAGAAGCAAAUGUUUUCCGAGUACAUUAGCCACGCCGUCAAACGGGCUAGUGAAAAUGAAAGGAGAAAAAGGCAAAGGUCGAGGGAAUUAAUUUUCCAAACACUAAUCAAUUGGAAAAAAUUAAAUGAACAAACGUCCUACUUGGAAUUUGCGGCCGAAUUUUAUAAAGAAGAAUGGUGGGACUGGAUCACAGAAAAUGAAAGGGAUGAAAUAUUUCAAGAUUUCUUAGACGAUUAUCGACACAAAUUUAAGGAAGCUCGAAGAAAAAAAAGAAAAAAAACAUCCGAAAUUUUAAAAGAAAAAUUUCAACAAUAUGCAGAUAAAAAAAAUCCUUUAAAAUGGAAUGAUGUCAAAGUCUACUUCAAAGAUGAUGCAGACUUUAAUUCUCUGCACAAAAUUGACGCGCUAGCUACUUGGGAAAGCUUCUACGAAAAAUAUCAUAAUGAUGAAAAAAUGGAAUUAAAAAAAAAGGUGUUUCGAAUUUUGAGAAAAAAAAGAGAUGCCUUCAUCGAAUUGCUAAACGAAUAUCAUAAAAAAAGCGUCCUUAAUAUGAAAACUCAGUGGAUCUUUUUUGUGUCCAAAAUUUAUAAAGAUGAGCGUUAUACAGACUUGUUAGGCCACCAAGGGUCAUCCCCCAAAGUGCUAUUUGACGAAUUUAUUGAUUCCCUCCAGGAACAAUACCUGAGGCAUAAAUCAUACCUCAAAGGUGCUUACAAAGAAAUGGAUUGCACAGUAGAUGAAAACACCACCUUUGAUCAAUUUUUACAACUCUUUGCAACUGUGCAGAAUAAGUACAACAUCCCGCACGCAAAUAUGAAUUUCAUUUACCACUCUUUGCAAAAAAAAAUAAAAGAAAAAAAGAAUAAACAAAUUAAACAUAUUAACAAAGUUGCCAAAUAUUUCGCCAAAGUGCCAGAACUUAAAACCAGCAUGUCCUACUCUAAAGUCAUUAGCAUUGUUAAAAACUCCAGCAAGUGGCCCGUGUUGUGUGAGCUCUGUCCGAAUGAGGAACAAAAAAUGGCUGCGUACAAUACGUGGAAAUCUUUUGCAAAUUCGACGAAGAAUUGCCUCUCCAUUGAUUCUUCAACUUCCAAUUCGAAUAAAAAUGGAAAAAACGGAAAAGAUGGAAAAAGCGGAAAAGAUGGAAAAGAUGGAAAAAAUGGAAAACGCAAGGAAUCGCUCAAAAUUAGUGACGAUGACACGGAGGAAGAACACAACGGCAAAGUUCACUCCAAGUAUAGGAAAUAUGCUAGAGAGGAAUCUGACUCCAGUGGCCAAACAAUAGAGUCCCUACGCACCAUUGAUCAUAAUGCGCCCAACUAG